AUGUCCUCGGCCCUGGAGACCAGUUACUCUGACCUGGAGAGCAGCAGCGACGUGCCCUUUUGCCUCACGGACGACGAAGGCAGCCUCAGCGGCCUACAGGCCCCUUCCCUGGCCGCCCCCAAGCGUCUCGCUUCCCCAGAGCGCGGCCUCGUGAAGGGCGAGGAAGAAAAGGACCGGAAGAGGCGUCGGGGGCGCACCAAGGUCAAGAACGAAGCUGUCCUGCACACUAUCAAGAAGACCAGGCGGGUCAAGGCAAAUGACCGGGAGAGGAACCGCAUGCACAACCUCAACGCGGCCCUCGACGAGCUCAGAAGCGUCCUCCCCACCUUCCCUGACGACACCAAGCUGACCAAGAUAGAGACCUUGCGCUUUGCCCACAACUACAUCUGGGCCCUCUCUGAGACACUGAGGCUGGCUGAUCAGCGCCUCCAGAAACCUUCCAAAGAGAUGGUCCUGCCCAGCUUCUUGAGCUCCGCAGACCCGCCCAGCCCUGGCAGUGACGCAGGCUCCUGGAUAUCCACUGCCUCUCCAGCCACCUCUUCCCUCUCUGCCUGCACUUCGAGCCCUGGCAGCCCAGCAACAUCAGAAGACUGUUGUUAUGGCCAUACGGAGAACCUCUUCUCCUUCCGCUGCCUCCACAAAGACUUGUUGCAGAGUACUUCCUGCUUUGUGCAGUACCAUUAG